AUGUCUGGAAUCCAAAACCUUGCUCACCACCGUAGAACAUGGCACGGGGAACGUGGAGAGCAGUGGUCACCCGCACAGGGACUUGAAUCGGUGCUGCUUUCAAUCCAAAGCCUUCUAUCGGCAAACCCCUACACGAUGGAGCCAGGAUAUGACGAGCCCAGCAGAUCCAACGACGUGGAACAUAUGGAGACAUACAAGUCAAAGGCAAUGAUAGUCCCACUAGAACGAGCGUUUGAGAACUCCUCUCGACGUGAUAGAGUGCAGGCGGGCACUGAAGCUCUCUUACCUCUCCCAAGACACGGUACAGACGACGCACCCUAUUCAGACGAUCUGUACGACGAAUUGGGCGAGCAGCGUGACUUUUCUCCAUCUCAUGACAACUUUGAUGAUUACUACAAGCGGCGAUUUUUAUGGUACUUUGAACACUAUCAAAUUGCCAUUGACAAAGGCAUUGCAGACACAGCUAGAAAGCCGGGCGAUCCAUUCAUCACAAUGCCUUUUGAGUUUCCAGGUAACACUAUGAUGGGCGAGUGGAACUACUACAGCUUACGAACCCGUUUCUUGGAUCUUCGAGACAAGCUGAUGGAGGAGACCCACCGAUGGCCAGUUGAAGGUUUGGCUCUGCUCGAGGCCGACGCCGGGAUUGCGGUCAAAUUGAAGGCCCAACAUGCACAGAUUCUCGCCGAACUAAGCGCCCAUACCCAAAUAAUGGAUUUCUCACUGGUCGAUGAGAACCCGUUCCUGUGGCAGCUUAUCUAUGCUGGUCGUACAGAAUCUCGACUAGAAGGUGGCAUCGUCAAGAUCAAGAUCUACAUUAGCCCACGACACCCCUUCGAACAACCUCGUGUUUUUGUUGAAUCCCCCAUCUAUCAUAUUCGAGUGUCAAAGCUGGGUGUCUUGAUUUACCUUCCCUCCCACGACGAAGAUAUCAGACAUCACAUCGAUGGUAUUAUUAAUACUCUGGAAGAAGACAAUCCGCCAUAUAACCCGUUGAUGACGGUGCACCCUGAGGCAACCGCACUCUGCUGGGGAUCGGAAGCCGAGCGCCGGGUGUACAGACGCAAGGUGCGAGCGUCCCUGGAGGAAGUGUGA